UUUGCACGUGCGCAGUCCUCUCCGUGCCCUUCCUUCUCUUUCGGCGCCGCCAACAUGGUGUUCAAGCGCUACGUGGAGAUCGGGCGCGUGGCCUACAUUUCCUUCGGGCCCCACGCCGGCAAGCUGGUGGCCAUCGUGGAUGUCAUUGAUCAGAACAGGGCUUUGGUUGAUGGCCCCUGCAGUGGUGUGAGGAGGCAGGCUAUGCCAUUUAAAUGUAUGCAGCUUACAGACUUCGUUCUCAAGUUUCCGCACAGUGCUCGUCAGAAGUAUGUCCGGGCUGCUUGGGAGAAAGAAAAGAUCAAUACAAAAUGGAAAGCCACAAGAUGGGCCAAGAAAAUUGAAGCCAGAGAAAGGAAAGCCAAGAUGACCGAUUUUGACCGUUACAAAGUCAUGAAAGCCAAGAAAAUGAGAAACAGAAUUAUCAAGCAUGAAGUGAAGAAGCUCCAGAAGGCAUCUACCCAGAAGGGCUCUCUUAAGAAGGGAACCGCCCAGAAGGCGCUUGCCUCAAAGGUCUCUGCGAAGAAGAUCCCCUCUAAGAAGGCUGAGGGCCAGAAGGCAGCCCCAGGUCAGAAGGGGCAGAAAGCUGCAGGCCAGAAGGCCCCCGCCAAGAAGGGACCUGCUCAGAAGGGACCUGCACAGAAAGCUCCAGCUCAGAAGGCUCCAGCCCAGAAAUCAGCUGCUACAAAGGCCAAAAAAUAAGAGGCUGCCAGAAAUCAAAUAAAGAUUUUGCUAUACA